UAAACUGGCAAGGCGGAACUCUUGUGGUCGCAGGCGCCGGUCUGACGGAGCCCCGGAAGCAGCGCGCUUGUUUCCUGUCGGGGCUGCCUUGUGCAAGUGCCCUAUCCCCGCAGAGGAGCGGUUCCGAGAGGCGAUGGCGCACAGCGGUCCGGUGCUGCGGGAGUUCGGCUGCGAGCACAGCCUCCUUUCCCGGCCCGACGGCUCGGCCUCGUUCGUUCAGGGUAACACCACAGUGCUGGCUGGGGUGUAUGGUCCUGCAGAGGUCAUGGUCAGUAAGGAGAGUUUUGACCGUGCGACGCUGGAGGUCACUCUCAAACCCAAAGUGGGCCUGCCAGGAGUGGCAGAGCGCAGCAAGGAGCAGUGUAUCAGAGAGACCUGUGCGGCUGCCCUACUCACCAGACUUCACCCUCGAACCUCCAUCACACUGUCCCUGCAGACUGUGCACGACGACGGGGCUCUCCUGGCAUGCUGUCUGAACGCUGCCUGCAUGGCCCUGAUGGACGCAGGGCUGCCCAUGCACUGCCUGUUCUGUGGAGUGAGCUGUGCCAUCGACCAGCAGGGGACCAUCAGACUGGACCCCACAGCCAGGGAGGAGAAGGAGAGCCGUGCAGUCAUGACCUUUGCCCUCGACAGCACUGACUGCAGGGUGAUGAUGUCAUCAACCAAGGGUUCCUACACAGCCGCGGAGCUGCAGCAGUGUAUCGCAGUGUGUCAGAGAGCCUCGCAGAGCAUCUUCCAGUUCCACAGAGACUCAGUCAGCAGAAGAUACUGCAAAGCGUGAAGAGCGAUGGAAGGAGGGAGGGAGGGAGGGGGGAGACGCUCCCAUUGCUACACAGCAAGUGUUGUGAUAUCCAGGCGGGUGUUCAUUCCUCUGUUGUUUUCACACUGCACUGUCGGACGGUACAGAGCGGGCCAAUGUUUCCCAGCUGAUUCAAAAUUAAAGAAUAUCCAAA